AUGCCCGCUACAGAGGCCUUCCCCCUGCUCUCAACCUCCAGCGGCGACAGGCUGCAACCCUUGAGCGGUCCAAGCAGCCGUGACAACCAGCCGCGAAUUCGAAGAAGGUCCAGCGGGCUGGGCGGAGAGAUCAGGGCUGGGGACACCAGCGCUCCAGCUCUUGCAACACUGGACGUGAUCCCGCAGUCCUCCCGAUCGAUCAAUGCGCAAAAUGCCAGAGAUCGCAAGAAGCCCUUCUCGAAACGCCGGAAGGCUAAGAGUCUGUUGCAGCAAUGGAAACGGUACUCAUUGAAGCACACAUGGGUCAUGCCUCUCGUGCUGUUAACAAUCUUCCUCUGCCUAUACGCCAUCAACCCAACCCCUUCAAACCCGAUCCACCACUUCAUCUUUCUAUCAUACGAAGUGCCGGUCGAGCCCGGGUCGCCGCCUGACACACCAAUUCAAUAUGGGAAGGGGAAGUGGGAUAUUGCCUUUGUCUCGUUCUACAUCAUCGUCCUGUCCUUCACCCGCGAGUUCAUCAUGCAGAAAUUCCUGCGACCCUUGGCGCGCCACAGUGGGUUGAAGAGCAGGGCGAAACAGUCUCGGUUCAUGGAGCAGAUGUACACGGCUAUCUACUUUGGAAUCACGGGUCCCUGCGGGUUAUAUGUGAUGAGCCGGACGCCUCUGUGGUACUUUAACACCAGAGCCAUGUACGAGAACUUCCCGCACCGGACACACGAGGCUGUCUUCAAGUUCUACUACCUCUUCCAGGCUGCGUACUGGUCCCAGCAGGCCAUCGUCCUCCUCUUGGGGAUGGAGAAGCCCAGGAAGGACUUCAAGGAAUUGGUUGGCCACCACAUAGUGUCGCUGGCCCUCAUCGCGUUGAGCUACCGCUUCCAUUUUACAUACAUGGGCCUGGGAGUGUUCAUCACCCAUGAUAUCAGUGAUUUCUUCCUCGCCACGUCGAAAACACUCAAUUAUCUCGACCACCCGCUGGUGGGGCCCUACUUCGGGUUCUUCAUGAUUGCGUGGUGCUACCUGCGACAUUACCUCAACCUCCGGAUUCUCUGGUCGGAGUUCAACGAGUUCAAGACGGUCGGGCCCUACGAGCUGAACUGGGAGACGGAGCAGUACAAGUGCUGGAUCUCUCACUACAUCUCGACGGCGCUGCUGGGCAGUCUGCAGGCCCUCAACCUGUUCUGGCUAUACCACAUCUUCCGCAUCGCGUACCGCUUCGUCUUCUUCCGCAUCGCCGAGGACGACCGCAGCGACAACGACGAGAACGAGUUCGCUGAGGAGCAGCGCCUCGAGGCCAUGGCCAACCAGGAGGCGGCGGAGGAGGACGACGAGAAGGAAGAAGAGGCGGCCGACGACACAGCCGGUCCGCAGGUCCUGGUCAACGGCAAGCCGAUGGAAGCCACAACCACAUCGGCGGAGGUCGGCGAGAGCUCUAAGAAAGAGACGCCGAGCCGAAAAGCCAAGAAGCCGACGAACCGGAAGGAGAACAAGCGGAAAGGUUGA